UUAAAGCCUUGAGACUCUCUCUCUCUCUUUUUCCCCCGUUUUCUUUCUCACUCCUCAACUCUCCUGAAGCCCUAGCUAUGGCUUCACGCAGACUUCUCUCCUCACUUCUCAGAUCCUCCGCCCGGAGAGCUUCCUCCAGAUCUCCUUUCUCCAAUCCCAAUCCAAGGAUUUCUCCGUCCACAACUUCACGGGCUUCUCCUCGUGGGUAUAUUCUCUCUCGCGUAGCUGAGUAUGCAACUUCUGCUGCCGCGACUGCGCCUCCAUCACCGCCUCCUCCGGCCAAAGAUGCUGGGACUGGAGGGAAGAUCACUGAUGAGUUUACUGGUGCCGGUUCGAUUGGACAGGUCUGUCAAGUGAUCGGUGCUGUUGUCGAUGUUAGAUUCGAUGAAGGAUUGCCGCCUAUCUUGACAGCUCUUGAGGUGCUUGACCACUCGAUCCGUUUAGUGCUUGAGGUUGCUCAGCAUUUGGGAGAGAAUAUGGUUCGGACUAUUGCCAUGGAUGGGACUGAAGGGCUUGUUAGAGGACGGCGUGUGCUCAAUACUGGUUCUCCUAUCACUGUGCCUGUUGGUAGGGCAACACUUGGCCGUAUCAUAAAUGUCAUUGGAGAACCCAUUGACGAGAGAGGCGAUCUUAAGACGGACCACUACCUACCAAUUCAUAGAGAAGCUCCAGCAUUUGUUGACCAGGCAACGGAACAGCAAAUUCUUGUCACUGGUAUUAAGGUUGUUGACCUUCUUGCACCAUAUCAAAGAGGAGGAAAGAUUGGGCUGUUUGGCGGUGCUGGUGUAGGAAAAACUGUUCUGAUUAUGGAACUUAUUAAUAACGUAGCUAAAGCUCAUGGUGGGUUUUCUGUGUUUGCUGGUGUUGGGGAACGCACUCGUGAAGGCAAUGACUUGUACAGAGAAAUGAUUGAAAGUGGUGUCAUUAAGCUAGGUGACAAACAGUCCGAAAGCAAAUGUGCCCUUGUCUAUGGUCAAAUGAACGAGCCCCCGGGUGCUCGUGCUCGUGUUGGUCUUACUGGACUAACUGUGGCCGAGCACUUCCGUGACGCUGAAGGGCAAGAUGUGCUUCUCUUCAUUGACAACAUCUUCCGUUUUACCCAGGCUAACUCAGAAGUGUCUGCUUUGCUUGGUCGUAUCCCAUCUGCUGUCGGUUACCAACCAACCUUGGCCACGGAUCUUGGAGGCCUUCAAGAGCGUAUCACAACCACAAAGAAAGGUUCUAUCACUUCAGUUCAAGCUAUCUAUGUGCCUGCUGAUGACUUGACAGAUCCUGCUCCUGCUACCACAUUUGCUCACUUGGAUGCCACAACUGUGUUGUCACGACAGAUCUCUGAGCUUGGUAUCUAUCCUGCUGUCGAUCCAUUGGACUCUACAUCUCGAAUGCUUUCUCCUCAUAUUUUGGGAGAGGAUCACUAUAAUACUGCUCGUGGGGUACAGAAGGUCCUUCAAAAUUACAAGAAUUUGCAAGAUAUUAUUGCCAUUUUGGGUAUGGAUGAGCUUAGUGAAGAUGACAAGAUGACAGUUGCUCGUGCUCGUAAGAUCCAAAGGUUCUUGAGUCAGCCCUUCCAUGUUGCAGAAGUGUUCACUGGUGCUCCAGGAAAAUACGUCGACUUGAAAGAGAGCAUUGGCAGCUUCCAGGGCGUGUUGGAUGGAAAGUACGACGAUCUUCCUGAACAAUCAUUCUACAUGGUUGGAGGUAUUGAAGAAGUGAUAGCCAAGGCAGAGAAGAUCGCCAAGGAAUCUGCUGCUUAGUUUUACUCUUAAUUUUUUUUCCCUUGAUAAUUAUGAAAAUUAAUAAUUUUAGGUGAUGCGCUGGGUGAUGCCAGCAACAGGCUUUUGAAAAUUAUUUUGUUGAGAUGUAACGGAACCAGAAAUCUUCUGCUUUGUUUUAGUUUCCUUUGCAGAAUCUGAAAGAGAGCUUUUCACCACCACACAGCCUUCGGCUUUUCUCCCUUGAUGCAUUUUCUUCUUGUCUUUCUUCUUUAAUAAGGGGAGGAGAAACACAGCAGGAGAUGAACUUGUACAAUUUUUUCCUUUUGAGAACCUUUUUUCUUACCCACAUAAUCAAAUCAUCUUGUUAUUAUAAUGAAUUA